UAUUUUUCCUGUAGGACCAGAAUCCUUUGCGGGCAAUCAUGGCCGGCGUACUGAAGAAGACCACUGGCUUGGUGGGCCUGGCCGUGUCGCAGAACCCGCAUGAGCGUCUCAGGGUCCUCUACACCAAGAUCCUAGCCUGUCUGCAGGCCAUGCCCUCGGAAGCAGCCUACAGGAAGUACACUGAGCAGCUCAUCACAGAAAGGUUCAACCAUGUCAAAACGGAGCCUGACAUUGAGAAUCUGGAAAAGAAAAUCAACUGUGGGCAGAUCGAGGAAGUUAUUACACAGGCAGAAAAUGAGCUCUCUUUGUCCAGGAAGAUGGCUGAGUGGAAACCCUGGGAGCCGUUGGUUGAGGAACCACCUCCCAACCAAUGGAAAUGGCCAAUUUGAAGCGUUCAGAACAGAAACUGCUAUAACUAUUAACACAUAGCUGAUUGUUGUCUAAAUGUGUUUUCCUUUGUUCACUGAGUUUUGAUGCAGUUGUGACGUAUGUCAGAGAUAUGUCAUUUGCAGCAACGCAUGUACAUAUGAAUAAAUGUUUAAGAACAUUUGA